CCCUACCAAAACCCAAAUCACCAUCACCACCGUUAAUCCCUAAAAUAAACCUCAAAUCUAAUGACCACCAUCACUCCACCGCCACCACAACCAUUAAAAAAACCCAUAGUUAUCCGUUCCGUUUGGUCUAACAACCUCGAAUCCGAAUUCACCUUACUCCGUAACUUAAUCGACCGUUAUCCUUACGUAUCUUUCGAUACUGAAUUCCCCGGAUUAAUUUUCUGUCUCGAUAAUAAUAAUAAUAAUAAAAAAAAACUUGUUCGUAACCCGAUCGAGCAUUACUACUUGCUUAAAUGCAAUGUGGAUUCACUAAAGCUGAUUCAAGUUGGGGUUACACUGACCGAUGUUAACGGUAACUUACCUGACCUAGGUAGUGAAUAUGGUUUCAUAUGGGAAUUUAAUUUUCGUGAUUUUGAUGUUGCGCGUGACGAUUACGCGACGGAAUCUAUUGAGUUGCUUCGUCAGUACGGGUUGGAUUUUGGGAAAUCGCGUGAAUGUGGCGCUGACGUGGCGCGAUUUGCUGAGUUAAUGGUAUCGUCUGGUCUGGUUUGUAAUGUGGAUAUUAGUUAUGUGACUUUUCAUAGCCCUUAUGAUUUCGGGUACUUGAUUAAGGCGCUUACGGGUAAGGAGUUACCGGGGGAUUUGAUGGAGUUUCUCGGGUUAAUGAGGGUGUUUUUUGGGAAAAGAGUUUAUGACGUGAAGCAUCUAAUGAUGUUUUGUCAGAAUCUAUAUGGUGGGUUGGAUCGCGUUGCGGAUACGCUUAAUGUGAAAAGGUUGGUUGGGAAUUGUCAUCAGGCGGGGUCGGAUAGCUUGCUAACUUGGCAUGUGUUUCAGAAGCUGAAGAAGGUGUAUUUCGCGGAUAACGAGGAGCUGACGGAGAAGUAUGCUGGUGUUCUUUAUGGGUUAGAGUGGAAAAUGUGAACUUGGAAGAUUUUGCUUUGGUGUCAUUUGAGACAUAACAUUAAAAGCUAGUCUAUCCUCGCUAGCUGGUGGCAGUGUGUAACUAAUAAGUUAGUCAACAAUGCGUCUAUAUUGGGGUCGGCCAUAUGAAUUCUCUAUUUAUUCCAUUUUAUUUGACGCUGUUUCGUUCCAAUACGUAUUAAAAAGGUUCAACACAAUUUGUCUAUUUUUGCGUUGACUAUCAAUCUACUGCAAUCCUCGUACUUUAUUUUAAGUUGUCAAUUUUAUUUAACUAAAAUACUUCGUCUUUGUUUGAGAUUUUCAAAUGAAAGUUAGAGGGGUGAUGGAAAAAAGAGCCAUGUGAAGCAAUAGACGAAAUAUUUUAGUUUCUUUUUGAAAAUCUCAAACAAAGACGAAAUCUCGAACUUUAUUUUAAGUUGUCAGUUUUAUCUACUUCUUCUCCACAAUGCCCUACUGAGCAUCUUUUUAACAACCCAUCAUCCCUGGAUCCAGUGGAAUCACUGAUAUCAAUGUUUCCCUUCUUCGUUCUCAUUUCUACUUCUCUGAGACUCUUGGAUUGCCAUUUGCUUUCUUCUACUGCCUUAGCAAAAGGAUAGUUGGCUGCAGUGCGUCUUGAAGGAACUAUUAUACCCGGCUUUGGAGAGCAUUUAAUAAACCUUUCUAUCUUAAAUGCAAUGUCACACCAACCAACAUUCAAAGCUAUUUCAGGGAUAAUAAUGACAGAUCUCCUAUCUCCAUUUCAGGAUAAAAUACUCAUAUUAUCUCCCAUGUUCGUUAUAUUUUCUGGUCAAAAAAUGUUCUGAGCCCUGGUCUGAGGUUUUCCAUGUUCUUACCGUGCUCUUCUGAUCUUUCGAGGCCUCUUCAAGAACAAAGCAAGUCCAUUCCAUGAUCUUGCUGAUGAUAGAAGAUCUUCUCAUCGUAUUACGGCUUUUUUCCACCCAUUCAUACGAAAUGGGACUUUCAGCAAUCCAUUUAGUAAUGCCAAAGGAUUUAAAUCCAACAUUGAAGUAAAUCCUAUGAUCCCCCGUAUCUUGCUAGCAAACACUAACUUAGCUGAAAAGGAAGAAAGAAAUGGUUGUAAGCCUCUACAGAAGGGGGUGACUUAGGUUUGGAAGACAAAGAAAAGUUUUCCCGGCUGAAAGGCCACCGAAAAAGGUGUUCUACUCCCCUAAGAAGUAGGAGAGAAAAGGUUUUUGGGAAAUGUGCCUGGGAGCAUUUAUAAUCUCAAACAGACAAUAGACGAAAUAUUUUGGGAAAUAUGCCUGAGAUCAUGUCUCUCCAUCACUUAAAGCGGUUGAAAGAUGCAAAUGCAGAGUUAUUACAUCAUGUGAUGCAAUACACUCCGAUGCUUCCAAUAUUGAAGUUGCAAAAAGGCAUCCCUCGCCUUAGCCCUUUUUUUGUUUUUGGAAAAGUUCAUCCGUCACCUUAGUCUCAAGAACAAGCAACAAUAACAACAACAACAACAAGCCCAGUAGAAUCCCACCAUGUGGGGUCUGGGGAGGGUAGAGUGUACGCAGACCUAACCCCUACCUUGAAAGGUAGGGCGGCUGUUUCCUAAAGACCCUCGGCUCAGUCUCAAGAACAAGCAUUCUACAUUAUAAUAAAGUUGCCUCAAGAAGCCCACUGAGGGACGAAGAUGUACUUAUCUAGCUUCAAACUUAAGUUAGACUACUUACAUCAAGAAGUACUUCAAUAAUGCUGCGGACAUCUCAGCGGUCAAAGCGACGGCGAUCGGGUCAGUAUUGUAAACAAAGGGAAGGAUGGAUUGUACAAUUUUAUUUGAUUCAAAUUACAAUGGACAACUCAUAUUAACUAGAUACUUUGUCACAACAGAUGAAAACAUAUAUACUAACCUCAACAAGGCAUAUAACUCACAUGGUGAAAACAUAAAUGCAUUUUGGCAAAUAAAGAAAAGAGAUAAACACAAUAGCUGAAGCAAAUACAAUGAACUUUCAAGUAACUUCGAAAGCUAAAUUUUCCAAAGGCAUACUGCUAUAUAUUUUCAAAAAACCAAAAUGUGUUUGAAGAGCAUAGUCAUCCCAAAUUCAAAUAAAAUACGAGGAUUGUAGUAGAUUGAUAGUCAACCCAAAAAUAGACAAAUUAUGUUGAACAUUCUUAAUACGUAUUGGAACGACAUAGGGUCAAAUAAAAUGGAAUAAACAGAGUAUUCAUACAGGCGACCCAGUAUAGACGCAUUGUUGACUAAUUUAUUAAUUACACAUUGCCACCAACUAGCGAGGAUAGACUAGCUUUUAAUGUUAUGUCUCAAAUGACACCAAAGCAAAAUCUUCCAAGUUCACAUUCCCCGCUGAAACGUUGCAAAGACACUAUGUAUCAGUGUAUAAUCAAAAGAAGAAUUUCAAAAUACAUUUAUAAUCACCAAAACACAAUUAAGUAUAUGAGUCAAUCCGACAAACUGCUCCAUCUUAACUCCUAGACGGAAAAAUCUCAUAUACCAAGUCCGUUAACACACAUGUGCCCUUUAAUGCUUUUACCUAAUAAACCAUUACAUCUCCAGGUUUAGAUUCCAAAAGCGUGAUAAAAGAUGACUAUGCUUUGGUGUCGUUUGAGAAAGAAUUUUAGAAGCUAGCGAGGAUAGGCUAGCUUUUAUGUUCUUUUGUCAACUGACACCAAAGCAAAAUCUUCAACACUAUGUAUUAGUGUAUAAUUAAAAGAAGAAUUUCAAAAUACAUUUAUAAUCACCAAAACACAAUCAAGUAUAUGAUUCAAUCUGACAAACUACUCCAUCUUAACUCCUAGACGGAAAAAUCUCAUAUACCAAGUCCGUUAACACUCACGUGCCCUUUAAUGCUUUUACUUAAUAAACCAUUACAUCUUCAGGUUUAGAUUCCAAAAGCGUGAUAAAAGAUGACUAUGCUUUGGUGUCAUUUGAGAAAGAAUUUUAGAGGCUAGCGAGGAUAGGCUAGCUUUUAUGUUCUUUGUCAAAUGACACCGAAGCAAAAUCUUCCAAGUCAAUUGGCAAAGGUUGGGGAACUUGUGUUUUAAUUCACUAGUUUAAGUACUGUGUCAAGCGAACUAAGUCCGAUAUUUAAGUGGAGAAAAGUAGAGGAGUGAGCCCAUCAUCCCUGAGUUUCAUAAGCUACGUUGGCCCAAAGGGUUGGCCUUAGACCGAUUUCUCAGUCACCUAAAAAAAGAUGACUAUAAUAACUUAUCCGUUACAAAAAAAAAAAUUCAUCAACCAAGUCAACAUGUAACUGACUAGCAUCGUCAAUUAUUUGAUAUUGACAAAUGCAACCUCAUUUGUCCACAAUUAAAGAAAUUCAUUCACUUCCAAACUCCCUCUACUACUUUUUUGCAUAAGCGUUAUGUGGUGAGAUCUUGAUUUGGAGCCAAAAUAGAAUGGAAUGGUUAAAGUGGACUCACAGUAAUUGUUGAUUUGUAACAAAAAUACCAUUGCAGGAAAUUACCAAAGGCUAUUAAGAAUGGAAAGGAACAAGGGAUAGCAAAUGUGA